AUGUUAGCCAUAUUCCCACACGCUUUUUUUAUUUAUGCCGAAAUGUUCUCUUCCACACUAUCAAAUACCACAUUACUGCUCGAGAAAGUAAUCAGUACUGCUCAAGAAAGUGAUCAGUACUGCUCAAGUAAUCAAGUGCUGCCCAAGAAACCUUUUGCUUCUAAUGCUGAUGCUGCUGCUGCUGAUGAUGAUGAUGAUGACGAUGAUGAUGAUAAUAAUAAUAAUACCAAAGCCAACAACAACAGCAUCAACAACAGUAGUGUCUCUUGCUGUUUUCGUCAAAUGAAUCUCAUCGGAGAUUUAUUCGAUGACCACUACACUUUGAACAUUUAUGUGAGGUCAACAUUUGUAAGAGAAGUGGACAUUGGAGGACAUAGCCUUGCAAAAAGGAUACAAUUAUUUAUUGUAACAUUUAUUGUUUUAAAUAUGAAUUUUGAUGCUAUUGAUGCAAAUCAUUGGCAAGAGGCUUAA